AUGCCUCGAGAACACAUGCAAGAUCAAGUAUACAAGGCGUCUAUAUCGGACCCGGAAACAUUCUGGAACCGCCAAGCACAAAACGUCCACUGGCACAAGAAACCAUCCAAGGCGUUUCAAAGGUCCACUAAACACCUGAAGAAGAGCAAUGUUUCGCACGAGCACUGGAGCUGGUUUGCGGAUGGCGAGAUAUCAACCACAUAUAAUUGUGUUGAUCGGCAUGUGGCAAGCGGCAAUGGCGAAAAUAUCGCAAUCUACUGGGACAGUCCAGUGACGCAACAGAAAGAGAAAUAUACAUACAACCAGUUGCUUAGCGAAGUUGAAACGCUCGCUGGGGUACUGAGAGAGGAGGGAGUGAAGAAGGGCGAAGUCGUGCUGAUAUACAUGCCCAUGAUACCAGCCGCCCUAUUCGCAAUGCUCGCAAUUGCGCGCUUAGGUGCCAUACAUGCGGUUGUAUUUGGGGGCUUCUCUGCGGCUGCUUUGGCACAAAGAAUCGACGCGAGUCGGCCUACUGCUAUCAUGACUGCAUCAUGUGGUAUCGAAGGCAACAAGAAGCCCACAGGCUACAAGACUAUGAUCGAGGAAGCGGUCCAGAAGAGCAGCCAUAAGCCCGACAGAACGAUCAUCUGGCAAAGAGAACAGCUAAGAUGGGAUCCAGUGCGGAAGGAGGAUGGUCAACGCAACUGGCAACGGUUGACGAAAAGCGCAAGGAACAGGGGACUGAAAGCUGAUGCAGUCUCCAUCAAGAGCGGAGAUGGUCUUUACAUCAUCUACACAUCAGGAACCACGGGUCUCCCUAAAGGAGUUGUGCGCUCUGCUGGUGGCCAUGCAGUUGGUCUAAACUUUUCCAUGAAGUACCUUUUCGGUAUCCACGGCCCCGGAGACGUUCAGUUCACAGCAAGCGAUAUCGGAUGGGUGGUCGGGCACUCGUACAUAGUGUAUGCACCGCUUCUGGUAGGCGCUACCACGGUGUUGUUCGAGGGCAAGCCAAUCGGGACGCCUGAUGCGAGCACAUUCUGGCGCAUCAUCGAAGAGUAUAAGGUCACAACCAUGUUCACUGCUCCAACCGCAUUAAGAGCUAUCCGCAGAGAAGAUGGAGAGAACAAAUUCUUCGAAAGCAGAGGGAAGCGGGGCGCGCUGAAGACGCUUCGUGCUCUGUUCUUAGCAGGCGAGAGGAGCGAGCCGAGUAUCGUAGAGAUGUACCAGAAGCUGCUCACAAAGCACUGUGCGCCAGGUGCUAUGGUUGUCGACAACUGGUGGUCCUCAGAAAGUGGAUCUCCAAUCUCUGGGGUAGCCCUAAGUGCCACCGCAGGGUUCAAUUUUUCUUCACAGGAUAGACCCAAACCGCUCCCAAUCAAACCCGGCUCUGCAGGCAAGGCCAUGCCGGGUUUUGACGUCCGUAUUGUGGAUGACGAAGGCAAGGAAGUGAGCCGAGGUGUCAUGGGAAACAUAGUGAUGGGCAUUCCGCUUGCUCCCACCGCAUUCACGACACUCUGGGAAGAUGAAGAGCGCUUUUACAAGGGAUAUAUGAAGAGGUUUGACGGAAAAUGGAUCGAUACAGGCGAUGCGGGCAUGAUAGACCACGAGGGCUACAUCUCCAUCAUGUCUAGGGCGGACGAUGUGAUCAACGUGGCCGCACACCGAUUCUCUACUGGUGCCAUCGAACAAGCAAUCACGUCACACCCAUCUAUUGCCGAAGCAGCAGUGAUCGGAAUCCCAGACGCCCUCAAGGGCCACCUUCCUUUCGCAUUCAUCACUCUCUCAACGUCUGACCACCCCGAUGGCGCAAUUCCAGAUGAAAAGUUUGCAAGCGAAGUACAGAAGCUUACCAGAAGCGGCAAGACACUGCGACGCGUACUUCGAGACUUGAUUGAGAAUGCAACGCACGAUGACUUUGACAAAGAAGUCAAUGUUCCAAGCACGAUCGAGGAUCAAGAGGCUGUUAACGUGGCGCGAGAGAAAGUGAGGGAGUAUUUCAAGGUAAAGGGCAAGGACCUGCACAAGGCGACGGAGGCGCGUGCGAAGCUCUAG